AUGACAGGAGUGAGGACAGGAGUGAGGACAGGAGUGAGGACAGGAGUGAGGACAGGAGUGAGGACAGGAGUGAGGACAGGAGUGAGGACAGAAGUGAGGACAGAAGUGAGGACAGAAGUGAGGACAGAAGUGAGGACAGAAGUGAGGACAGAAGUGAGGACAGAAGUGAGGACAGAAGUGAGGACAGAAGUGAGGACAGAAGUGAGGACAGAAGUGAGGACAGAAGUGAGGACAGAAGUGAGGACAGAAGUGAGGACAGAAGUGAGGACAGAAGUGAGGACAGAAGUGAGGACAGAAGUGAGGACAGAAGUGAGGACAGAAGUGAGGACAGAAGUGAGGACAGAAGUGAGGACAGAAGUGAGGACAGAAGUGAGGACAGAAGUGAGGACAGAAGUGAGGACAGAAGUGAGGACAGAAGUGAGGACAGAAGUGAGGACAGAAGUGAGGACAGAAGUGAGGACAGAAGUGAGGACAGAAGUGAGGACAGAAGUGAGGACAGAAGUGAGGACAGAAGUGAGGACAGAAGUGAGGACAGAAGUGAGGACAGAAGUGAGGACAGAAGUGAGGACAGAAGUGAGGACAGAAGUGAGGACAGAAGUGAGGACAGAAGUGAGGACAGAAGUGAGGACAGAAGUGAGGACAGAAGUGAGGACAGAAGUGAGGACAGAAGUGAGGACAGAAGUGAGGACAGAAGUGAGGACAGAAGUGAGGACAGAAGUGAGGACAGAAGUGAGGACAGAAGUGAGGACAGAAGUGAGGACAGAAGUGAGGACAGAAGUGAGGAAAGAAGUGAGGAAAGAAGUGAGGAAAGAAGUGAGGAAAGAAGUGAGGAAAGAAGUGAGGAAAGAAGUGAGGAAAGAAGUGAGGAAAGAAGUGCACGUCCUGUGCUAUGUUCGUGCUGCCACUCGGCGACAAUAG